CGCUUCGUGCAUGCGCACACACGCGCCGUCGGAGAAGAACACGGCUCAUGCUCAGUCGGUGGUGUGCUCUCUGUUGUGCAGUCUGGUGUUUGCUCAUCAAACUGGAAGGAUUAUUGCAGAAAGGACCCUGAGAUCGUCGAGAUCGUGCCGUGCCGCCAGCGGCCAAUAGGCAGUGGAACAGGCGAGGGAGGAGCACUGCAUGUUGAGAUGUUACAUCAGAUGCAGGACUCCGGCCAGGCAUUCCAGGAACCGCUGGCCCAGGCUGCAUUAGCAGCUAUGGGAGAGAAGAAACAGGACAGAAAGCUGCCCAAAGGACUGGGGGAGAAGAGACUGAGGCUGGAGGGAACCCCAGAGGAGACAGAGAAGCUUCACCACUACCUGUCUGGGCAGAUGGCAGCGCAAUCAGCGCCCAGGGCAACCAGCAGGAGGUCGAUGUCCACUGUGAGAUGGGACCUGACCACCCAGCUUGCCUCUGUCAUUACUCAGAAGGGCAGUCAUUGGGCAACUCAUGGCCACACCCACUCUGGACAGCUGGUACUGGAGCCCCACGAGACACUAUUCCUCAUGGAAAUGGGCUGUCUGGAGGUGGAGAUAGCUGGUGGACAUGCAAACCUUCAACAGGUUUAUGGCACCAUCAUCUGUGACUCCCUUACUCUGCAGGAGUACACUGUGAUAGCCUCGCUGAAGAGAAGUGGUUUUGUGGUGAAGCGAUGUCUUGUCAGCUGGCUAUCUCCAAACACAGAUUCAGACGCAAAUUCUUCAGCUGGCAUAACAAUAGGCAUUCUGGCCUAAUCACUCACGUAGUAUAGUGAAUUUCUGACCAGUGUUCUCUGAGUGUGUUGUUGUUAGCGGGCACCUGCAGUCACGUUGCUCUAGCAGCAAACAGGUGAUGCUAGGUUGGAGCUGGUGCCAUCUUGUCCUCUCUGUCACCCAAUGCCUCCUCCCUCCUCACCCCCACUUCAGUCGCUACUGGAGGUAUACAGACCAGGGUCAAAGUUCAAGAAAUCUAGUCCCAGCCCUCCGCACUCGCUGCCAUCCAGCCAUCGUCUGGAGUGACUCUGAAAUGGUGUGUGGUGGAUGGUCCUAGUCUGACGUACUCUACCGUAGUACCAGGCACAAUUCCCCCUCCUCACUGACUCCCACACCAGUGCAUUAACCACUCUUUAGUUUCACAUUCAGUUUAUGUAAAACAACGAAAUGUUAUCUCAUAACUAUUUCUUGUUUAAGAAACAAGCCACAGAGAAUGUUUUUCACUAGAGUUUUGGAAAGUUGCAACAGUUCUGAUAAUGAAUAGCAGAGGGGAGGGAGGAGAGGGGAUAAUUAGAGUCUAUUGUUUCUUUGAGGAAGAGGUAAAGGGUGCUUUCUUCAGAUAAUUUGUUGGCUUCCGCUGUCCUGAUUUAGCCUGUCCUGAUAAUCUGGUUCCGGUGCUACGACGAGCGUGUCCUAUAGAUUGUACUGAGGUUUUAGGACGAGUUGUUUUGACCACACCAUGCCUUGCAGCUGUUCGUGGUGUCUGAAGUGUCCUGGUACCUUGUCCUAUAGGACAAGGUCUUUCUGUCUUAUCUGGAGAUCGCUGCCUGCUUCCUGCUCCAACUGGUUUUGAAACUGGUUUGGUACGAGUUGAGCGGGGCA